AUGGACGCCGCGACCAUCGAGGAGACGAACCGCAUUCGCGUGUCGCUGGGCAUGAAGCCCUUGCCUGUGCCUGGCGCCGCUCCCGCACCCGCUGAAUCACGACGCGACAGAUCUGGUUCCGACGACGAGGAAGCACCCAGCACACUCGAAAGCCGACAGGCGCAGGCCUACGACAACUAUACAAAGGUUCGCGAAGCCGAAGCCGCGAAGCGCAAACGGGAGGAACGCGCAGCCGCCCUGAAGAGGGAACGAGAUACCGCCCAGCGUUUCGCAUCUUUGGAAGGCAAGGGUCUUGGUGAAGAAGAUGACGGAGGCGACGUCGACGCGAAGGCCUGGUUGAAGGCGCAGAAGAAGAGGCAAAAGGCUAUCGAGAAAGCGAGGAAGCUGGAGGAGGAACAGGCUGCUGCUGAAGCGGCUGCACUCGCCGCAAUUGAGUACACUUCCAAGGACCUGGCUGGAGUCAAGGUGGCGCACGAGCUGGACAACUUCCUCGAUGGCGACGAGCAAAUUUUGACCCUGAAGGACUCGACUAUCGAUCAAAACGAGGAGGACGGUGAUGAGCUAGAGAACUUGGACCUGAAGGCACGGGAGAAGCUGCAAGAGACACUAGAUUUGAAGAAAAAGAAGCCAGCGUACGACGUUCAUGCGACAGCCGAUGGGGCCGAGCGCGGUAUCCUUCAACAAUACGACGACGAGAUCUACGGCAAGAAGGCGAAGAAAUUCACACUCGAUGGAUCCGGGGCGAUAGCAGAGCUGGGUGAUAUCUUGGGAGAGGCGUCGGAAAAGGCGAAGAUGCUGAAGAGCAUCAAUCUAGAUGAUGUCGUCCAAGACCCCCCCACUUCAGAUUACAUCGACAUUUCCGAGAUUAAGGUCAAGAAGCCCAAGAAGAAGAAGUCCAAGUCAACAAGACAGAAGCCGGUCGAUGAGGAUGACAUCUUCCCUACUGAUGUGGCAGCAGCCGAGGACGAUCUGAUGGAUGUUGAUUCCGGCGCAAUGGCCCUUAAGAAGAAGCGUAAAGUCGAGGAUGACAACUUUGUCGACGACGAAGACCUACAGGCUUCUCUAGCAAUCCAGCGCAAGAGCGCUUUGAAGAAGAGGAAGAGGACUCGCCCCGAGGAUAUCGCGAGGCAACUGAAAGGACAGGUCGACGAACCUGACAACGAGGCGCAAAGCGGCGGUGUGGUGAUUGAUGAGAUUUCCGAAUUUGUGUCGGCAUUGAAGAAGCCUGAUGAGGAGGAGGAACGCAAGCCGAAGAGGUCGAAGGCCGUCGAGGAGGCCGUCACAGCAAUGGAUGAUUCGGAUGAUGAGGACCAUCCCAUGGGCGACGACUCACAUCCAGAACGCGAGGAGUCUGUCGACAGAGCAAGAGCGGGAUCUACAGACAUCGCAACAACAGGAGUCGACGAGGAAAAGACGAUCAACGCAGGUGUUGGCUCUGCUUUGGCUUUGCUGAGAGAGCGUGGCAUCCUGAAGGAUUCGCACGGCGCCAAGCUCAAUAUGAGCGAGAGGCAGAGAAGCGAGUUCCUGGCAGAAAAGAAGCGCAUCGAAAGAGAGCAGGAUGAGCGUGCCAGGAUGCAACGUGAGCGCGACAGAAACAGCGGCCGCCUCGAUGCCAUGUCCACCCGAGAUAGGGAAGAGCGUGCUCGACAAGCGAACGCACACCGCGAGUUGCAGGCGUCUCGCGCCGUCGACGAGCUUUUCAAAAAGGGAUACAAGCCUAACGUCGAGCUCAAGUACGUUGACGAUCACGGCAGAACUCUGGACCAGAAGGAGGCGUUCAAGCACAUGAGUCACCAGUUCCACGGCAAGGGCAGCGGCAAGGGCAAGACCGACAAGCGACUCAAGAAGAUUGAAGACGAGAAGCGACGCGAGGCGCAGAGCGUCCUCGACUCGAGCGAGAAUGCAAACAUGAGUUCGUCAGCGGCGAAACGGCGCGAGGCCGGUGUUCGAUUACAAUAA